UUUUUCUGUGUUUUAUCGAGAUUGUGUGUGACAGAUCAACACAAAGUAGUGAAUAACUGUAAAGUGGGACAAAACGGAAACAUGGAAUAGGAGCAAAAUACAUCAUGAAGACCAUUUCACAGGUCACGGAAAUAAUACUGGAGAAAUUAAAAUAGGAUUUGUUUGUAGCACAGUAAGUCAAAAUGAAUUAUCCCAAUUAGGAAACUGACACUUCAGCCUGAACACAUGAUCCCUUUUGGAUGUAGUGGUGGCAGCAUCAUGGUAAGAAGAAGCUUUCCGACAAUAAGGUUGGAUGGAAGUAAAAAGAAGUCAAGCCAUGGAGAAAAAAGAUGCAGAAUACUUAAUACUGAGGGAGAUGUUCACCAUAAAGCAGGGCAUAUAUUCUAAAAAUACAGCCAGAGCUAGAAUGAAUUGAUUUGUUUCAAAGUUCUUUCCAGCGCUACAAUAUCUCAGUCACAGUCAAACUACUACAAUGCAAAAAACAAUGUCACUAAAGCUGGUUUUGAAAAGAAUUGAUUCAAAGUUCUGAAUACAUAUACAUGCCACUCAUAAGAGAUUAUUUGUAAAAAUUGUAAAACCGAUUUUCCGUCCAGUCAUCUAUCACGAGCUACUUUUUGAUGGUCUAUGACAUACAAUAAUAAUACUUGUACUAAUAAUAAUGAUGUUACUUUGAAAUAAAUAAUAUAAUAUAAAAUAAAUAAAUUCCAUGGUUGUGAAUACUUUAGCAAGUCACUAUCAAAUAGUGAGUGAAAAGCUGAUGCAGUGCUAUUUACCAUUAGACAAAAUAUGCCUCUGGCUUUUUCACCUCAUUUUUGUCAGUCCUGUUGGUCCAUAAUGGUGAGUUUUCUAUAGGUUGAACAGCACUAUAGUGAGGCUGCGAACAGAGCAACUAUUGUAAUGGGGCUCAGCAUGAGGACUUUGUCUUUGUCAACAGUGUGGAAUGCCCCAGGGGGCUCGGUGGGGUAGGACAGCCCAGACCAGAGAGCUGCACCGCUCAUCUGCCCCGAGCUGGAACACUCUCUGUUUCUCUUAAAUAAAAUGCUUGAAAGUACGUGUAGAAGAAAUGGGAAGCAGUAGGAAGAGUAAGUGAUGUGUGAGAGAGGGUAAAAGCUGCUUAGUUGGUUGAAGUUCCAUCCAAUGUGAUCUGCUCAAUACGGACGGGUUUUAAAGUCCACGAUGAGCUCCCGUAUGGGAGUGUCCGUCACUGGUGGUGCUAGCAGAAACAGAGGAAAUGAGAGUGAAGAUCCGAGUGAAGGAAACGGCAGCAACGAGGGUCACAAUCAACGGAUGAGGCCGACGACAUCUUGGCUGAGUGAUGCAAAUCAAGCUGGACAGCAUCUGGCAAAACCUGCCCUGUCCGGAAGAAAGGCACGCAGAAAGACCUGUCCUGAAGACAAACAAGGAAGAAGAGGGGACAGAAACCAAGAAAGGGAUGAGGAGAGACGCUUCAGAGGUAAGGACAGAGGUCAAGAACUGUCUAGAAGGAUGGAAACAGCAUGUGCAGAUCAAGUCCAAGAUGAACCAAGGAGAGGAACCUCUGAAUGCUUUUCUAGUAGUAACUCUGAAAUGCAGUUAAAACCCAUUUUUGAAGCUGGGGAUCCAUCAGAUCAUUCAGAAAGACAACACAAAAGUUCUAGAUCGCAAGCUAUCAGCUUCACCCAAACUACAACUACCAAUUUAAGAUCUCAGUCUGGGCGGCCUGCUGUUCAAAGUCGAUUUGCUCAUCCGCCAUCACAAGACCCUUUAUCCAGAGAUUUAGAUCCAUUCUGGGCAGAAGUGAGAACAGGGCGACCGUCGCAAUACCAUUCGACUCAGACGCAAAUCUCAGAGUCAGAGGAUGAAGAAGAGGAAGAUGAGAACAAGGACGCCACUGAAGAAGAAGGCUGUGGCGUGAUCGAAGUGACGGGUCGAGCCAUGUACUCCACAGAGACACCAUCUUGCAUCCCUUCAGGAGAGAGGAGGAUGAGUAAAAGAGAGAAGAACAGGAUUGAAAGUCUGAGAAGGAGGCAGAGGAGGAGGGAGAGAUGGAGACCAAGUCAGCAGCCGGAGAGCACACAGAGUUCAACAGAGACCCCCACUACCACCAGCAGCUGCAGCAGCACUGAGGAUGAAGAAACUCUGAGCAUGAGGGACAAAGAAGGUUUCAUAUGUGCCGUGUGCUUGGAUGUGUACUUCAGUCCUUACAUGUGCCACCCAUGCAACCACAUCUUCUGCGAGCCCUGUCUGAGGACACUUGCAAAGAACAACCCCACCAACACCCCCUGCCCCCUCUGCAGAACCAUCAUCACUCAUGUCUUCUUCCAAAAGGAGCUGAACCAAACAGCAAAAACAUUCUUCCCCAAGGAAUACCUUUCCAGAAAGCAAAACUUUCAGAGAGCACCUUGCUCAAAGUGGCCUCUCCCAAGCUGCAGGAAACUCUUCCGCAUCUUUCGAGGUUUCCAAAGGCAGACAACCCCAAGUGUGAGACGCCAGUUCCCCCAUGGAGGAGGAUUCCCACUCGACACCAUCGACUUCGAGGAUGACUCUAGAGGCUGGCGUUUCGACAUGGACAUGGUCAUAAUCUACAUCUACUCCGUCAACUGGGUUAUUGGAUUUUUUAUAUUCUGCUUCCUUUGCUAUUUAUUCUUUCCUUCCUUUUGACAAUCUUGCCAACUGUGACGGAACGACACAGAAAUGCAGCACGCUGAAGACUGAAGAGGAGAAAGUUAUUAUUUAAAGACGCAUCAAAUUUGUUUUGGAAGAAGGAAGACCUGAGCAAUCAAUUUUAGCGAGAAGCCAAUGACUGAACUUCAAGUAGGUGCAAAAAUAAGAACUUAAAAAGAGCAAAUUGUGUAGAUGAGACAUUUUGAACUUAAAUGUCCUGUAUUCUGACUUCAUCUGACCCACACACAGGGAAGCAAAGCAAAGUUAAUAAAUCAUUCAGGCUGCAGUGUUUAUUUUUGACCUGAUUCAGUUAUUGUUUAGACCAAAUUGGUAGUUGUAGUUGUUCAAAACUAAACAUUGAUUUCAAUUAGAAAAUACUUUAAAAAUGCAACAUCAAUAUUUUGUCCAUAUGUAAAACCUAAUAAAGGAAAGUUUUUUUG